AUGGGAAUGGCCAAUACCUUAACGGAAGCCAGUGCCGCAUCAAUUAACUCUGCCUUCUUCUCUGUAGCUCAGCGCCAAGCGGCUUCGCACGCAGACAUGAGCAGCAAGCCGCAACCCGAUGCGCCUGAAAUUCCGGCCAGCCCAUCAUCCCCUUCAGCCAUCAACGCCGAUGCCACAUCUCUAGACGAAGAGAACCGCUCGCCCAGCCAACUUCAACGGCGCUCACCUACAAAUCCUGCUGAAUAUGAGCUUAACUCCCGAGUAAAGACACUCAAGACGCGACCCGUAAUCUCGCCCUCCAAGAAUCCCGAGGUCUUUAGAGUCCCGCGAAAACUCUCUUCACCCGACGGUCGAUUUCCCGUGAAGCCCUACUCGAUUCCAAGACAGCCUGCAAAUAUGUCCCCCAGCAUUGAAGAUGUUCUACGCGAUAAUGAAGGCCUCACAAAGGCAAUUGAGAUCUUGGAAGAUAAGGAGAGUGAGGUGUCCAGGGAACAUCGGUCUUACAGUCAGACUACCAACACAGAAACCCCAUCAACAACCGAUGCUGAUGAGGAAUCUACAAUUGAUGAUACAGUCAUUAGCACAUUCAGUUCUUUUUCAUCGGCGCCAGAUAUGACAAUGUUCUCCAAGAUUCGACAAAGCCCUAUGAAAAAUCCGGAUCUGACUUCAACUCCAAGAAGAACUCCCAUGAGCUCAACCUUAAACCGAAGAUCAAUGCCCGUAAAUAGCUAUAUGAAGAAUAGGGAUGAUGGGCAUACAACUAAUCUUCUCGAAUUCUCAGAACAAUUAUAUGGCUUUACUGAUAGGCCCUCACCCGCCAAACUUGCUAGGUACUCGGUCGCCCUACAGAACUCAAAGUAUCUUGAUAUGAACAUGGUCUCGACCCCGUCAGCCAAUCGCCAUGCCAUGUCCAACCUUAUCGAUUUUGAUAUUCCACCAGCACCUACUCCAAGAAGUUUACCAACAAUCACCCCGAGAGAGUUGGAGAGCCUUAAGUCAGGAUUUUUAUCAGAGAUAAGUAAUCUCAAAGCUUCUUUAAGUGGGAAAGACGCCGAGGUCCUUUCCCUGAAAGCUGCCGUAAAGGAUGCAGAAAAGCGUGUUGGGGAAAGCCUAGAACAAGUACGAGAAGAGCAAGGCCAGAGAGAUCAGCUUACUGCUGAUAAGGAAGAAUGGGAACGGAGGGGUCGGGAAAUGGAAGCUAUGCUUAGGAAUGUUCGAGAAGAAAUUGUCCACAGUGAGCGGGAGAGAGAAGAGCUGGAGGGGCGUCUUGAAGAAAGUGAUGCUAGACGACAAGCUGCCGAACUCAUGGCACAGGAAGCAGAAAGCAAGAUUGCCGCCAUGCGAGCAGGAAAAUGUCUGCCAGAAUGUGAAAUGAGGCCAGAGGAUCGACCUAGCGAUGAAAAGUCAGUCGAGAUAGCUGUGAGCAAGGUCUCGAGAGAUCUUCAUGCUCUAUACAAAGAGAAGCAUGAAACCAAGGUUGCUGCGCUGAAGAAAAGCUACGAACGCCGCUGGAACAAGCGUGUUAAGGAGCUAGAGUGUCAACUUGAAAAUCUACUCCAUGAAAAAGAGGAAUCUAAAUCAGAUCGAUCCACGACGUAUCAGCAAGCCGAGACGCGCACGAAUCAGGCCUUGGAACGACAGGCGGAGCAAGACUCUAAGACAAAAGAGUUGGAGGCUGAGGUUAAAGGUCUUACCGAAGUCGUCAAGAGUGUUACGCACGAUAACUCACAGCUUCAUAAACUCUUGGACCACGAGCGCGACGAAAAAGAAAAACUAGUCCAGACGGUGGAAGAGAUGGUGCCUCUGAUUGCAUCCUUUGAUGAUCUCCUCGCCAAAAUUGAUACGGAAGCAACGAAUACAACGACUUCGACAGCUGCGGCGAAGCGUAUGUCUUCUCCUGCUGUCGGACCAGCUCGUGCGUCAGGUCUCCGGGCGCCCACGGGCCACACGAGUUUUGGAGAGACACGAAUUGGUAAGGGCGGCAUCAGUAUGUCAUCAAGUCACGAAAACAGCCGCAGUCGUAGCAUCUCCACACUCGCGCGGCCUGCCAGCGGGCUUGGUUACAAAAGCGGAAUCAUGAGCUCAAUUGAGAAGAUGGGUGGCUGCAAGGGUCGCGGUGAUCGUUGA